ACUCAACUCUCAAAUUUUGGAUAUGAAUACAAUAUGUAGAGAUCAGAUUCAGUGGAGUAAAAGCGCGCGAAAUCCAAGCACAACAUUUGUACAACAUGGUGGACGAAACAGCACAAAACGUUCAAUUCCAUGAAAAUGACUUGCCUGAAUUAUUGGCUCAUUACUACAGAAGAAUCUUUCCGUAUAAAUUAUACUAUCAAUGGCUAUGUUAUGGUGAAAUCGGACGCUCGAAAUACUUCUCUCAUCGUGAGUUCUCGUUCACUUUAAAAGACGAUAUUUAUAUUAGAUAUCAGUCGUUUACUGAUCAAAAGGAUUUAGAAAAAGAAAUUCAAAAAAAAUGUCCCUAUAAAAUUGACAUUGGUGCUGUCUUCUCGCAAAAGCCAAGAGACAACAAGUUGACAAAGGCGAACAAUUUUCAAGCACAAGAAAAAGAACUAGUUUUUGAUAUUGAUAUGACUGACUAUGAUGAUAUACGAUCAUGUUGUAUGGGAGCUAGUAUAUGUAACAAAUGUUGGCCUCUCAUGACUAUUGCCAUGAAAGUUAUUGAUAAGGCUCUUGAAGAGGACUUUGGUUUUGAGCAUCGUCUAUGGGUUUACAGUGGUCGAAGAGGUGUCCAUUGUUGGGUUUGUGAUGAAGCAGCCAGAAAAUUAUCCCAAAGCUCACGUUCUGCUGUUGCUGAAUACCUUAGUGUUAUAAAGGUCUGAGAAAUAGAAAGAAUCAAUUAAAAAGUUAAUUUGCCAAUAAAACUCCAUCCUUCAUUGUGGAGAGCAUCAACCAUUUUGGAGAGUGAUUUUAAAACACUAUUGUUGGAAAAACAAGACAUUUUAUCUGAUAAAGAAACUUGGAAAAAAGUUCUGGCACUUAUUCCUGAUGAAAAUGUAAAAAAGAAUUUGAAUCUGUCGUGGGAGAAAAGUCAAACAUCAACAGAAAGAUGGGAAAUUCUUGAAUCGGAAAUUGAUAAAAAAAUUUCAAAUCAUCGACUGGAGAUCAUUUUUCAAUAUUGCUAUCCCAGACUUGAUGUGAAUGUUACUAAAGGACUCAAUCAUUUGCUGAAAAGUCCUUUCUGUAUUCACCCUAAAACAGGUCGUGUUUGUGUUCCUAUUGACAUCACGAAAGUUGAUCAUUUUGACCCAUUCACAGUGCCUACAAUAAGUCAAUUGUGUGAAGAAAUCAAUGACAUUUGCCAAAACACGUCAAACGAUGAAAAUAUACAUCAGCAAAAUUUUCGAGGUUAUAAAAGUUUAUUGUUGCGAGAUGCUAUGGAUGUGUUUGAAAGAUUUAUACUUAAGCUUGACAAGGAAAACCAUGAUAGGAGAACGAGAAAGAAAGAAUCAAACGAGAAAACAAUGGAAUGGUGAAAUAUGGAUUAAAUGCUCAUUUAUAAUUGGCUAUCUAUUGUGUAGUUUUCUUGGAAUCACUUGGAAUGUGGUAUGAAAUAUCUGAUAUUGAAAAUGGAAAUAAAUGACUUUGAAAAUGUAGGUUUUUUCCCCGUUGAAACCAAAAACCGAAAAGCAAAUGGAUAAUGAGUAAUACUGAUAUAUUAAUGAAAUUUCAUUUUUAAUUCAUGUUCUGUAUGUAAGAUAAAGCUCUACACUUUA